AUGUUGUCGUCUACACGAUCACGGUUGUGCCUUUUCACGGCGCAGUCGCCCCGUUUCAUCCCGCGAGCGACAUAUACCUCGACGGUCCCUCGUUUGAGCGAAAACACUAUUCCCACGAACAACCCAAACCCUUCGAAGCCCGUAACGAGUGUAUCCGAGACCAAUGCUAGACAACCCGCAUCGAUGCAAGAGACGGUUGAGCAGGCGCAAAGACAGCUAGCCAUGCAGGCUCCAAACCGAGCCACCACUUGGGCUAAGGGUCAGCAAGAGAGAUCCAAGGCCAUGGCUGGCCCACGGUUCGAGCAGACAAUCAUAGAUUUCCAGCCUCAACCAUACGCUGCUAUUGACCUGAUCCACAAGCAGCCUGUGCGAUGGACAAAGGAGAGGAUUGUAUCGUGUGAUGGCGGUGGUGGCCCACUCGGCCACCCCAGGAUAUUCAUCAACACCGACAAACCCCAGAUCUGCCCUUGCGAGUACUGUGGCCUUCCCUUCGCAAAUGAACACCACCGCUCGGUACUAGAGGCUCAGCCCAGAACCUCGUACCCUCUUGAGCCUACCGGUGAUGCAGCUGAGGUCAAUGAAACGCAACGUAUUACUCCAUCUGGCUUUGAGCAGCGAUAA